AUGCUUAUUAACAAAAACAGGAAAUUGGAGAGUGAACUUGAUAAUAAGAAAGUGACCCUAGAGCAGGUGAAGCUUGACAAUGAACUAAUUCAAAAGACAUUUGAUAUGAAACAGAAUGUCUGGAUAAAAGCGAAAUCUUCAAACCAUUGUAACCAAGUGCCUGUUCCUGACUCUCCACAACAGGGACUCUCCACCUUUAAUCAUUUUGAUGCAUUGACUGUUGAAGAUGACGACAUACCAGUCAAUACCUCGGACAGUGGCUCAGAUAGUGGCUUUCAAGGGCAAAUUAAAAAUUACCGUAAUUCACAGUCAUCUAAGUUUGUCAAAAAAUUGCGAAAAACAGAUCAAAAUACAUCAAGUGUUGAUAGCCAUA